AUGCCACGUCGUCCCUCCUCACCCUCUUCGGCGAGCGAGAUCUCUUCCGAUGAGGGUGUGGCUGAUGCCAUAAAGGGGGCAUCAUCGGACGAAUGGUCAGCAUCAUCCUCUUCCUCCUCUCCCCCAACAACGCCGGACGCCACGGCGUGGCCGGGGCCACCCAACGAACUCUCGCCGCACCACGUGCUGCACGUCGCGCUGUCGGAGGUGCGUUCGGCGCCGGUUCUCCCGCCUCCCGUCGCAACUGACGUUCUCUGCGUUGCUGUCUCUGCGUUGUCGCUGUAUCCGCGACAUUCACUUCCUGUUCGGUCGGCAAUGGCGGCUGGAGCUCUGGCUCUUGUGGCGUCUGCUCUUGCUGAUGCCAUCCCCGGAGGGGCCCCGGGCGGGCAGGUGCCAGCGCUGCUCCGAGUCGCCGCGGCGCUGGCUGAAGGCGGGCUCGACCGUGAACGCGACCAGCGUUGCCGCCGACGUUCCCCUGUGUACCGCUCCCCCCGCGCCCACGCCCACCCCUUCCGCCGAUCCUAUCGCUCCCCUCCGCGAGGAGGACUCGGGGACCCGAACGUGUUGCGUCGGCGACAGAGGCAGCAUGAGAGACUGAGCCGUCGGCAGCAGCGGCAGCUCCAGCAGCGGCCUCCCCCUGUGCAGGCUCCGCGUCCACCGUUGGUGCUUGCGUCGUCUCCUGCGCCUCUUGGGUUGCUGUCAGCGGUGCCGCAGCAACAGCAUCCCCCUCCUCCAACGCCUCUCCCUCUCGGCGGAUCUCAGACGCUGCAGCCGCGGCCUCGGCUUCCUCCGCAGACUACUCCGCCUGCCUCUCAUCCAGCCGGUGUGGCGCCGCCACCGUCGUAUGCCUCUGGUCCUACGAGCGUUGGAGCCGGUGGGGAGAGUGCACGCCUGUUGAGCGAUUACUUCGCGUUGAGCUGCGCGUAA